AUGCCUCUAAAACCUGCCAAUCACCGCGACUCUUACUUUGCAACUGAAGAUAGGGGAGGUUUGGCCAGGUGGGUGCCGGUGUCCAGUAUCUCACUGUACCUGUUUCCCCUCACUUACUGUUUCUUACACUCUCUUUCUUUUUCUCUUUCUUUCUUUCUUUCUUUCUCUCUCUCUCUCUCUCUCUCUGUAUGUCUCUUUUCUCUUCGUUCUACCCCCCUCCCCCAUCGCCGCUUCUUGUAUUUGAGUCGGCUUCGCCAUUUCCAGGAGAGAAGUCGGUUUUUAUCUAUCUAUCUAUCUAUCUAUCUAUCUAUCUAUCAGCCUCAUGCAACAGUGUCUUUGCUCGAUCCUUUCUAUCCUUUCUUUUGCUCGAUCCUUUCUGUCUUUCCUUUUGCCAUUUGCGUUCUUUCCUUCCUUUCUUUUGACGAUCCUUUCUCUCCUUCUUCUUGUCCUAUCCUUUCUCUCUUUCCUUUUGCUCGAACCUUUCUCUCUUUCCUUUUGCUCGAUCCUUGCUAUCCUUCCAUUUGCCCUAGCCUUUCUCUCCUUCCUUUUGCUCGAUCCUUUCUCUCCUUUUUGUUCAAUCCUUGCUAUCCUUCCAUUUGCCCUAUCCUUUCUCUCCUUCCUUUUGCUCGAUCCUUUCUCUCCUUUUUGUUCGAUCCUUGCUAUCCUUCCAUUUGCCCUAGCAUUUCUCUCCUUCCUUUUGCUCGAUCCUUUCUCUCCUUUUUGUUCGAUCCUUGCUAUCCUUCCAUUUGCCUUAGCCUUUCUCUCCUUCCUUUUGCUCAAUCCUUUCUCUCCUUUUUGUUCGAUCCUUGCUAUCCUUCCAUUUGCCCUAGCCUUUCUCUCCUUCCUUUUGCUCAAUCCUUUCUCUCCUUCCAUUUGCUCGAUCCUUUCUGUUUUUUCAUUUGCCCAAUGCAUUCUCUCCUUCCUUUUGCUCAAUCAUUUCUCUCCACCCUUUUGUCCGAUCAUUUCUCUCCUUCCUUUUACCCGAUCCUUCUCUCGUUUGCGUUCUUUUGCUAA